UUGGCUAAUCAGACAGCAAACGACGGCCAAGACCGAGACCGAGAACGAACGACAAACAAAUGAACUAAAGUAAAAGUGAAUUUCUAUAAAAAUGCAAAUGCAUUCAAGUGUGGGAAGAAAAACGAAAGACCGCAAAUCGCAGGCCAAUGCCACGGCCAGGGAUGGGUAUGGAGAGCUGGGGAUGAGGCAAAUGCAAUUCAAACACUCACACACCAACACGAAUAAAUAGUUUAACAAUGGAAACAAAAAAAAAACUGUAAAACAAGCAACAAGCAGAAAUGCAAAAGGGUACUGGCCAAGAUUAACAAAACAUUUAUAAACCACAAAUAAUUAUCCAAACGGCCCCCAAAUUUUGAUAACAACAAAGCAAGCUACAAAAACCCAUAUUUUUUUGGAUAAAACCCCUCCAAAAAAAGGAUAACGCUCAAAUCUCCCACAUUUUUACACAAAACCCCCCAAAAACACACAACCCCCAACACACACACAAAAUGAAUAUGCAAACAGAGACAACAACAAAUCGCAGCCUUAACACCACCACCAGCAACAACAACAAUGCUGCCACAAAUUCCAACAAACACAAUGAACAAAUAGCCAGUAGUUCAACUGGUGGGGCCACAAAUCGGGCCAUGGCUCCAGAACCGGCACGCAGUCCCUCGCCGGAUGGCACGCGGGAUUAUGAUGUAACACGCAUGAGAGAAGAAGACUUUGAACGUUUGGCCGUCUACAUUGUACCCGAUGUUCAGUGUGAGCGAGGCCUGGCCAAUCGGGCCGACAAGACCCUGCCACGCAGUUUAACACUCAAACCCUCGCUGGUGUUUUCAUCAGCCAAUGUAAAGACUGAAGGUGUUUGGAGCACCGGCGUUAUACCCAGAGGCACCCGUUUUGGUCCCUUUGAGGGUGUGCCCACACCACACUAUCCCAAUGAUCCCAAUACGGCCCGCUACUUUUGGAGGGUGCAGGGAACACGCCAUAUAACCUAUGGGAAUAUAAAGAUCUUCAAAGAUGAUGAUUUUUAUUAUUUGGACGGCUCCGAUCGUUCCCAGGCCAAUUGGAUGCGUUAUGUGGCCUCAGCCUAUAGUCUGGACACCAUGAACUUGGUGGCCUGCCAACAUCAGGAAAACAUCUACUUCUAUACCACCCGCGAUAUAAUGCCCAAUGAGGAGUUGAUGGUGUGGUAUUGCAAGGAUUUUGCCAAACGUUUGGGUUAUGAUGUUGACCCCGAACGUACUUUGCUGGGACCGGACGAUGAUGAGCCAGAGCAGGAAGUCGAAGAAGAUCCUGAAACGGAGUAUGCCAACGGCUGUCACAAAAAGUCACGCUCCUGUACCCCAUCGUAUAGUAUGCCUGCUCCUGAAAUUCCUCCAGAGAUUGCCUAUAACCAUAUAAGCUAUGUUAUGGGUUUGCAUUUGCCACCACCGGUUGCCAGCACAACCGGCAACCUACCAAAUGCCAGACGUUCACGAUCACCCACCCUGAGUCCCUCCCCGCCAGCCAAUAAUCAUCAACAACAACACCAAGCUCAAAACACAACACACCCGCACAUACAACACAGCCAAGGAUCAUCGAACACAACGGCGGCGGCGCGUUCUCUCAUCCGCCACACCCAUCAUCAAAAUGUGUUGCAUUUAAAACAAGAACCUGCCACAGUAAUUGUCCAGGACCACUGUGACCCCAAGGAGCCUUUGCUGGGCGGUUCUCCCCUCUCCCAAAAGGAGGCACCCUAUGAACACCAGCUAACACCCAAUGAUGGCAGUGUGCGUUCCGUGCGCUCCGAUGAGGGUUAUCACAGCAAUGAGUAUCACGAGGAUCGUCUAACGCCCUCUGGCGGCGAUGACAGCGACAGUGAGAGUGAGCACAACUAUGUUUUGGAUUGUUCCAAGAAGGCAAUAGCUCCCAAAGAAACGGUAAUUGCCCACUCGCAAAAGGCCUGUGCUGCCAGUACCACAAACAGCUCCAGUAAUGGUGUCAGUGCCACCACGGCUGCGGCCAUUGUGGCUGCUGCCACCGUGGAGUGCGGCAAAAAUGAAUUCCGCCAACUAAAAGUUAAAAUGCCACUGAAAUACGAGUUUAAGAAUAGCAUCAAGACUGAGGCAUCGAAUGCCACCACCACCUCUAGCAGCAGCGGCACCACGACCACCACAAAUGAACUGCAGGCGGCCACCUCCAGUGAGGAUGAAACCCAGCGACCAACUUGCACCUCAUCCACACAAAUUGAUGAGCUAAUGGAUGCCAGCACCGAUUCCUGUAGACCCAGCAAUCGGCUAAUGGACUCACCAGCCACAACGACCAGCAGCAACAACACCACCACUCAGCCAGCUUCCAGUACCGUCAUUGUCCUGGAAAACAGCCAAAAACGCACAAUUGUCCCGCUGAUCAAACCCUACUAUGAGGCCGAAUCCAGCUCACCACCACCCCCAGGGGUGGGGGGUCAAGGUUACAUACGUUACACACCACCCUCCAGUAUUUUGGAGACCAUACUGACGGGACAACAUCAACAUCGCUUGGAAACGGCGGCGGCAGCGGCCGCUGCUGCAGCAGCUGCUGUGGCCUGUCACCAGGCCAACUCGGCCACACCACCUCCCUCAUCGCCCACUGAAAUGGCCUAUUCCUAUAAGAAAUCCCAUCGUUAUGGCAAUGCUGUUAGCCCCGACUCCUCAUCGAAUAAUAUGGCCGUUGGCAAUGGUGGUGGGGAUCACUCCGGACAUGAGGUCGACGCCGAUCUACAUUUGAAUUCCAAAAAGGAACUCUGCUCAUCACCACUCUCCAAUGGACACCCUGCACAUCAUGUGCUCUUCUCACCCCACGGGGUCCAUGCCGCUGCCUAUGUCAAUGAUGGCCAGCACACACCACCCUAUUCCACAUACUCCUCAUAUUCCAACAGCAGCUUGAACGGCCAAACGGUUAGUGUUCUGCAUGCACCCACCUCCACGUUCCAUUCGCCACCACACAGUGCUCAAUCGCCCUUCGACAGGCAAUCACAUUCCUCCAGCGGUUCCCAGCAAAAUCUCCACAUGCUACAGGGUAGCAGUCAAAUGCUCAAUCAUCCGCUCAUGCAACCCCUUACCCCGCUGCAAAGACUUUCGCCCCUAAGGAUUUCACCGCCCAGCUGCCUAAGUCCCGACGGAAAUUCAUGUCCACGAAGUGGCAGUCCCCUUAGCCCCAAUUCGUUGGCCUCGCGGGGUUAUCGCUCCCUGCCCUAUCCCCUCAAGAAGAAAGAUGGUAAAAUGCACUACGAAUGCAAUGUCUGCUGUAAAACCUUUGGCCAGCUAAGCAAUCUGAAGGUACAUUUACGCACCCACUCUGGCGAGCGGCCAUUCAAGUGUAAUGUCUGCACGAAGAGCUUCACCCAACUGGCCCAUCUGCAGAAACACCACCUGGUCCACACCGGCGAAAAGCCGCACCAGUGUGACAUCUGUAAGAAACGUUUCUCGUCGACAUCGAAUCUGAAGACCCAUCUGCGCCUGCACAGUGGCCAGAAACCCUAUGCCUGUGAUCUGUGUCCCCAGAAGUUCACGCAAUUUGUCCACCUGAAGCUGCACAAACGACUGCACACCAACGAUCGGCCUUAUGUGUGUCAGGGUUGUGAUAAGAAAUACAUUAGUGCCUCUGGCCUGAGAACCCAUUGGAAGACGACCAGCUGUAAGCCGAACAAUCUGGAGGAGGAGUUGGCCAUGGCUGCGGCAGCGACCACAGAAUGUUUGGACAAUGACCACCCCGAACCCGAUUCCCGUGAGGCCUUUGAGCAAAUGCAACAACACAUGAAUCCUCACCUUAGACAUAUGAACGGCUCCGCCGCUCAGGACCAUUUGAAUGCCCAACGUGUCUUAACGCAUCCGCAGCAGCAGCAACAACAACAUUUGGCCCAUCUGCAGAGUCAACAUGUCAGUAUGAUGCAUCAACAUUUGCCACCACCUCACAAUGCCAGUAUGCUACUGACCACCGCCAACCAGCAACAAUCCCCAGCCCAAACUAUGCAUCAGGUGCAUCAGCAACAUUUACUGCAGCAACAACAACAGCAGCAGCAAUCUCUCAAAGUUAAACCCCAAAUCCAUAUGAUGCCCGGUGGUGUGGUACAUGAUAGUGGUAAUGGUCCCACUCAUGCCCAGAUGGCAGCUGCGGCGGCGGCCCAUGCUGCAGCGGCAGCAGCAGCUGCUGCCCAUGCCGCAGCCUCGGGACAUUCACUGGGACCGGCCCAAGAUAAUCGCCCCUCCGUUAUAGAAUCCAGUCAACCCAUGAUUAUAGAAUGUACGUAAAUGCGGCAAGGACGCGAAAUGUCCCAAAGGUCUCUAAAGGCCCAGCCAGACAUUAUGGAUAAGCAGCAGCAUAGCCGUAAAAUGGGGAGAACCACAAGGUUUCGGUAUCGAAACCCCAUUGCCCCAGCAAAAAAACCCAAUGCCUAAACAGAUUCCUCUAUAGAUAACCAAGUGCAAUACACAAAUCGGUAUUAUUAGAAAAUAGAGAACUUCUUUUGGAAGAAAAGGAGAAGCUUUGGAAAUUCUCUGAUUUUCUAAAUUAAGAAAACUCUUAACAAAGAAUAGCUAAAACAAAAAUUCUUGAUAGACGAUCUCAACAAUUGGCAGCCAAUUACAAAAAAAAAACAAGCAAGAAAAACCUACCCGCCCUUCAAAACACAACCAAACAAGACUAGAAAAUUAAACAAAACCCCCCUCUGCCCCCACUCAAAUUAAAUUGAUAACAAAGCCCCUGGCUUAAGCUCUUUUGUAUAUAAUUAAAAAAAAUAGUGUGUUAAACGCGCUUUUUCCCAACAUUCCCUCCUCGCCGACCCCCUUUCUCAACCCUACCAAAUCUUGUCUAUUAUUAAUAACAAUCAAAAACAACAAAACACAUUUAUAUAUAAACCAUACUCCGAUAUUGUCUUAUAACUACUAUAAAGCAAAAGAGAAAGCGAAAAAAGUGCAUUUAAACAAACAAAAAAUUAUAAACAUUUGAUAAUAUUUAAUAAACAAAAAAACAUCACCAUAGCAAGAUACAAAACUACAUACAUACAUACACACAUAGCAUCAUAAAAAAAUAUUCAUAAAAUAAAAAACAA